AUGCUUCAGUGGCUUCACAAGAAUGGUUGCCCAUGGGACGAACGGACCUGCAGUGAGGCAGCCUAUUUCGGUCAUUUGGAAGUAUUAAAGUACUCCCAUGCAAAGGGAUGCCCUUGGGAUGAAGCAACGUGCCAUUAUGCUGCAGAAAGCGGUUAUUUGGAGACUCUACAAUAUGCACAUGUCAAUGGUUGCCCAUGGGAUAAGCAGACGUCUUCCCGUGCAGCCAAGUUUGGCCAUUUGCAAAUCCUCCGAUAUGUUCAUGAGAAUGGCUGCCAUUGGAAUGAGUGGACCUGUCACUAUGCCGCAGAAAGUGGCCAUCUGGAGGUACUGAAGUAUGCCCAUGACAACGGCUGCUCGUGGAAUGAACGAACUUGUUUCCGUGCGGCCAAAUUUGGGCAUUUGGAUGUUCUCAAGUAUGCCCAUGAAAAUGGCUGUCCUUGGAAUGAAUGGACAUGCCACUUUGCCGCAGAAGGUGGGCAUUUGGAAGUCUUACAAUACGCCCAUGAAAAUGGCUGCCCCUGGAACAAAAUAACGUUAAGUCAGGCUGCCAAAUUUGGACACCUGGAUGUCAUAAUCUAUGCCUAUAAAAAUGGAUGCGAGGGUAUUGAGAAUUCCUUGAGGCUGGCCAAGAGCAGCGGGAACAAAGAAGUUUUUGAAUGGAUCAAAGCAAAUUGCUCUGUCACAUAG